GUCACCCAGUCCAGGAUGGAGAACUUCCGAAAGGUGAGGACGUCGGAGGAGGAGAGCCCAUUGCCAUUCCCCGACCUGCCCCCGGACGUGGUGGAGAUGAAAGUGAAGGAGGGCAGCAAGAUCAGGAACCUGAUGAACUUCGCCAUGGCCCAGAUGGAGCUGAAGGGCAGCCGGCAGAUCGUCUUCAGCGGUUGCGGCAGAGCGGUCACCAAGACUAUCACCUGCGUGGAGAUCAUGAAGCGGAAGCUGGGAGGUCUUCACCAGGUCACCAAGGUACGCUACAAAACCUUGCUGGAGGUCUGGGAGAACCAGGACCCGCUUCCCGGUGGCCCGGCGCAGAACCUGACCGUCCAUAAGAACGUCCCCUCCAUCUGCAUCCUGCUCUCCCGAGACCCCCUGGAUCCCAACCAGACGGGCUACCAGCCCCCGGAGCCCCGGCACGGGCUGGGGACGCAGCUCGGCGAGGCAGGAGAAGACACGUCGGGCUCCUCCGCCAAGGGGCUGAAGCGGCCCCUGCCACCUCCCUGCAAGGAGCUGCUGACCAAGAAGUUGCAGGUACAGGUACCCGACAGCCCGAGGGGCUCGGGGACCACUGACCGCCAGCCGGACUACCACCACUGA